AUGCUAUUUUGCUUGUUGGAAAUUAGAGCAAUGUUCAAGAAACAUGAGGAUAUUGUUCGUGAUUAUUACAUUCGAUAUAUAUCAGAAGGAGAUUCUGCGAAAUUUUCUGAAGUUUGCAAAAAAUAUCCUGCAUUAGAUGCAGAAUAUCAUCAGCUGAUAACUUCAUUAAUGAAUGCGAUGAAAGAUUUGUCGGUAGCUGAAGAAGAUCAAAAUAGUUACGAUUUAAAUGCCUUUAGAUUGGACUGGUUCAGGCUUCAAGCUUAUACAAGUGUGGCAAAACCUAUGGUUUCCAUACGAUCUGUUCCUGAAUUUGUUACUUUAAUGGAUGCGGCUGUAUCUCAUUCUUAUUACGUUGAUGGCUAUGAGAAAUACCUGGAUCGUAUUUCUGACAUGUCCUUUUUAUUGUAUGCUAUCGCCUUUCCAAUGGCUUGCGAUCACUUUGUUGUAUGUACAAACGAAUUCUGCCCGGAAGAGCGAUCACCUAUCCGCCAUAGAAGUGUAUUAUCAGCAGAAAGAUGUUUAGAAGACAUGGCUAAACAGACAGCAUAUCAUUUAGAGGAACUUUGCAGGGAGCUAAUUAAAUUUGAACAACAGGUAUUACCUGUUAAUGCAGCAAACAUGUUAAAGCAAGUUGCCACAAAGACAAAGAAAAAACAGAAGGAUAAAACGCGAAUAAAAGAAUUUAUUACUCCAGGAACAGAAAGUUUCCGAAAAAGCCGAGAGAAUAUAACGAGAGUCGACCGAAGUGUUACUUCUGUUACUGAGUUACUUGCAGCUUUCACUCACUUUGAUUCGAUACGCGUUGCAAAUGCGACUCUCUGCCCUAUUGAGUACCUACGAAAUGUGAUAGAAGAUACUUUUAGUGGGUCUUUUGCUGCCUUAGCUUUUCAUGAUCCUGAUAGUGGCUUUAUUGCUCGCCCGUCCGAGCUAUUAAGGAGUAUAUCGGCAUUUACGGGAACUUUGAAGACGAUUGAUCAUUUCGCAACUGCGGAUAUUGGAGGCCUGUUAUUUCAUUCGGUGCUUCAACAUACGCAAGAAAUUGAUAGUAAAGGACAGAAAACCGUUACAGGUUUAUAUCUGUCUUGGUUAACUGAUGUAUUGCUAAAUCGAAUUAUCAACGGGGGUAUAUGUUAUUCGCCAAGUCAUAAAAUGUUUGUAAGUCAUCGAAGUGUAUCAUUAAAAGCGGAAGAUUAUACCGACGUUGCCGAACUUGAGUCUCUUGCUGAGAUCAUUGGACCUUCCGGUAUGCGGGUAAUAUGUAGUAAAAUUGUAGAAAAAGUUUGCGCGGAAGUAACAGAAUUAAAGGCUCUAUCGCGACGUACUCCGACAUUGCUAACAGUAAUAGAAGAGUUCCUCUCGCAUCCACCAAAUGAUUCUUAUAUUCUUCAUAAAUAUGAGACAGCCUCAGUUACAGGAAUUGAAAGUCCGAUCGAUUCUGUUCUUUAUUCUGCUCUGAAACCAAAAAAGGAUAGCUCAAAUGAAGAUCAACAGAUCUGGCCUCUAUACAUGGUUAUGAUUGCCGUAUCACUUCCUGAUUUCUUAAACCGAGAUACUUUUGUUUAUGAAAAUGUUCUUGGUGGUUUCUUGAAUAAUGCUCACUGCUUAGCCAAAGCUAUCAAUCAACUUGCUAGUGUCUUUUUCUCCUCUGGAGGCGACAAAGCUUGUUUAGACAAACUAGUAGAGUUUAUUUCGAUUGCAUCAGAAUGCGUCUUAAGCCUUGAAUGUAGGAAAACGGAAAACGAAAACGAACCGGCUAAACAAUAUGAACCCCUAUAUAUUCUCUUAGAUAUCAUUGUUCAAGAAUCCCACUUCUUGAAAAGAGAUACCAUUGAAAGAUUUAUUUCUCAUACUAUCAUAAGAGAUGCCUAUCGACAACGCAAUGGAGAUGAAGCAAGGAAACGUCGUAAAAAGGUUGAUGCUCGUUCUCAUGAUUAUUAG